AUGUCUAAUUCAAAAUGGUCAAUCAAGAGGAUAAGAGAUCUCAUCAAAUUGAAGUUCAAGAAACGAGCUUGUCUGUGGCAAAUCAAAGUUGCCUUGGCGCUGCGAGAGCAUCAGAAUGACGUAGUUGCAGUUGCCCCGACUGGCGCUGGCAAGACGCUAUCAUUUUGGAUCGGCCUUCUCAUGGCGUUAGAAGAUAAGGAAGACAAGCUGGUUAUUGUUGUCACUCCUUUGAAUCUUCUGGGAAAGCAGAAUGUGGAUACUCUCACAAGUGCAGGCAUCAGUGCCAUUGCCAUUGAUGCAAAAACUGCCACGGAUGAAGUCUUUCAGGAUGUAGAAGCACACCGUUAUCAGGUGGUAGUAAUAAAUCCAGAGAUUAUCAUGCAGGAGAAUGGUCACUGUGAAAAGCUGUGGAAGAAAACUGCAUUCACGAGUAAAAUUCUCUAUAUGGUCUUUGAUGAGGGCCACUGCGUGAAAGAGUGGAGUACUUUCCGAGAGAAAUACAAGCACGUAGGCAGCCUCCGGUAUCUGAUCCCAGAGACGGUGCCAUUCUAUGUUGCAUCUGCCACAUUGCCCUCACCAGUGCUUGCCGAUGUCUCAGACAGUCUCCAGCUCCAUCCUAAUCAUACCGAAUACUUCAUCCGCUCCAAUGACCGUCCCGACAUGGCCCUGUCUGCUCACAAGAUGCAGCACUCUGCGAGCUCAUUUAAAGACCUCGAUUUUUUAAUCCCAGAUGGCUUCAAGGAUGGUGAUCCACCACCUCCAAAAUUCCUCAUCUUCUUCGACAAUAUCAAAGAAGCUGAAGCUGCCAUCCAACACCUCCGCAGUCGGCUUCCUGACCAGCUCCGAAAUAAAAUCAAGCACUUCCAUUCCGUUAUGACAUCAGAAUAUCGAAGCGAUGAAUACGAGGCAUUGAAGGACAGCGAAAAUUACGGGUUAUGUGUGACAGAUUCAUUCGGAAUGGGCCUCAAUCUCACCAACAUAAAGCCGAUCGAGGAGGACAAUGGUAGCAAGGGGGAAAGUGAUCGUGAUAAAGAUGAGGCCCACCAGGAGAUGCAGAUGACAACGACGAUUGCAGGACCAUCGCGUCUUGUCACAGCAGUGCCAGUCACACUAGGGAGAGCCACUACAGAACCCACAGAGGUGGAGAACAGGUCGACCAGAGAGGAGCUUGAGGAAGAGCGACAACAGCUAUACAACAGGCGUGAGAAGUCGAGUGGUCUGCCUACUUGGCCAAAGGAAGCCCACUGCAUUGAGCCAGCCAUGCUUGAUCUGAUCAAUGCGGAGACAAGAGUAUGUCUUGAUAACGAUCCCGCGCAAAUCCCGCAUCUCUUUCUCACGCCUAGCCUGCAGUCUCCGACCAUCUCGGGUGCGACCGCAACAGCGUGCAAGGUUGCUCUCACUGUGCUCUGA